AUGAAGUCCGGCAAUGCGUUAGUGAUUGGGUUGAGCCUAGUGUUUGGUUGUCUGUUUCUAGCCCUCGCUGCGGAGCUCUACUAUCUGCUAUGGUGGAAGAGGAGAAUCAGCAGCCGGGAGAGUGAAGGGGAAGACGCCGAAGAUUUCAGCCGUGGCAGCAACAGCGGUGGGAAUUACGCCAAGGAGUUGAUUCAUCUCGUCUGCUGGAAGAAGCCUUCAUCCUCGGACGCCGCCGCCAAACCCGACCCGAAGCCCCAUUCCCAAUCCGAACCCGACCUGGAGCUCGGCUCAGACGAGGGGAAAGAUUCGCUGCUCAAAGGCGGCGCUGCCGGGGAAGGUGGAGGGGAAGAGAGCGUGGAAUUGGAGCUGAUGCGGCUGCACAAUCUCGCCGGGCCGCCGCGGUUUCUGUUCACGAUUAACGAGGAGUCGAAGGAGGAUUUGGAGUCGGAGGACGGGAAAUCGAGAUUGGGCAGCCGGCAAGGGUCGAGGACCAAGAGCCUGAGCGACAUUCUCCUCGCUGUCGAUACGGCGACGCCGCUGUUCACCCCUCUGGAAUCUCCCCGCUACUCCAACCCUCUGGAGUCGUAUCACCGCCAAGGGUUCAACCCUUUAUUUGAAUCUUCUGCAGAAGCAGAGCUCAACCGGCUGAGAUCCUCGCCGCCGCCCAAGUUCAAGUUCUUGAGAGACGCGGAGGAAAAGCUGCUGAGGAGGCUGCUGGAAGAGGCCCAGCGCCGCGGCGUCGGCAGCGAUGGGGAAUCCAAGGGUUCCGUCCUGGGUUUGGAGGAGGGGAAGCCUCUGUAUCCAGCAAUGGCGGCGGAAGUAAUGGGAGGGUCGUUUCUGGGGUUUCUGUAUGCGAAAAACAGAGAGGUCCGAGUUCAUCGUCUACCUCCAUUGUCCUCCACUUCUUCUCAGGUAAUUCCGUUGGCUUCUUCCCCAACGUCGACGAUUUCGGACCUUUAG